GCCGUAUUCCGGACUGCAUGGGCUUAUGACUUAACUCCGUGUGACUAGCUCACGCCGGUCCGUUUAACUCCGCGAGUUUGGUCUUACAAUAUUGACGCAACGCCCCUCCUGAAGGAGGUCGCUUUUCUGAUCCCGGACUCGUUUCCUUACGUGCAUGACGAUUUGUUCUGGGCUUGACUAUUUUUCCACCGAUAAGAAAAUGGCACCCUUGGUCUGGUUCAUCACCGGUGCCUCGUCGGGUUUCGGCCUCUCCCUCUCGCUCCACGCGCUGUCAGCAGGUCACCAGGUCGUUGCGACUGUCCGCAACACAGCCAAGUCGGCAGAAGCGGUUCAGAAGAUCCAGGAAAAGGGCGGCAAGAUCGUGGAGCUGGAUGUCACCAAACCGGACACGAUCGCCCAAGCCGUCAGGGAGGCUGAAAGCACCUACGGCCGGAUCGAUGUGCUGGUCAACAACGCCGGAUACUCCCUGCUGGGCGCGGUCGAGGACUUGACCGACCGGGAGGGCCUGCAGCAGAUGGACACCAACUUCUUCGGCCCGCUGCGCCUGAUCCGCGCCGUGCUGCCGGGCAUGCGCGCUCGGCGCAGCGGCACCAUCGUCAACAUCACCAGCAUCGCGGGGCAGGACGGGCUGCCGUCCUGCGGCCUGUACGCGGCGAGCAAGUUCGCCGUCGAGGGCCUGUCCGAGUCGCUCGCGCGCGAGCUGGCGCCGCUCGGCAUCGCGGUGCUCCUGGUCGAGCCGGGCAGCUUCCGCACCAACUUCUGGAGGGCGGUGCAGCUGAACGAGACCGGGCUGAGCGAGCCGUACAGGGACGGGCCCGUGGGGGAUGUGCUGAACAGGUUCGGGUCGGUCGUUGGACAGCAGCGGGGGGAUCCGGAGAAGGCGGCGGCCAGGAUCUUCGAGGUGGUCGCGGGCGAGGGCGAGGCUGGCCAGCUGAAGGGGAGGAUCCUGAGGCUUCCGCUGGGGCCGGAUUGUGUGCAGCGGCUUGAGAAGAAGCUGAAGAGUGUGUCAUCGGAUCUGGAAGCGGCACGCAAGGUGGCCAUGAGUACGGACUUCGACGGCGCAUGACGACGCCAGGGUUGAUGGUUGAACAGAACAUCCGGCGCUACCUUGGCGCAAAGCGGCAGGAAGCAAUUGGCAAACCUCAGUAGAAAAUCAGAAGCCGAAAAAUGGGUCUGUAAUUGAACCUAGUCUAGAUGAGCUCAGGCAUAGACCUCAACUAGCUAAAACCGAAACAUCUCGAUGAACAACAGAUAUUGC